CAACUUUGUGCCACGUCCACAUCCGGAUCCGUCAGAGUUUGUCUCUCGACGUCAUCUGUUAUGGAUGUAACACCUUGAAUGUGUGCGUGUAAACACCCAUGUGUGUAAAAGAAGCAAGUGUAGGUAAUUCUGCAACAACAACAGCUGUAACAGCAGCAGCAGCAGGGUUCAUCAAGAGCACACAGCGCAGACAACGGUUCUAGAAAUACUACCAUCAACUGUUUGUUACUGAUUGCAACUCAGGACAUGCUAUGGAGGUUUCCGCCAAAAAAUUGGUCCACUUGGAUUUGAAGGGGGCACCUCCCAGAUUUGACUACUUAUGUGAGCUGAUCCAGCUUUUUGCUGAUCUUGGUGCAGAUGGCAUCCUCAUUGAGUAUGAAGAUAUGUUUCCUUAUGAUGGUGAGCUGAAGAUUCUUCAAUCAAAAGCCCAUCCUACCUACAGCACGGAGGAAAUUAUUGCCAUUCAAGAUGUCGCAAAUUCCAGAGGGUUGGAGGUCAUUCCACUGGUGCAGACAUUUGGGCACCUUGAAUUUGUCUUGAAGCAUAGCACUUUCAGCAGUUUGCGAGAGGUAAACCACUGCUUAGGGACUCUGAACCCACACAACAAGCAAGGUCUUGCGCUUAUACUGGAAAUGCUGCACCAAGUAAUGAAGCUUCAUCCAAAGACUACCACCCUGCACAUCGGGGCAGAUGAGGUCUACAUGCUUGGUGAGGGAGAGGAGUCCAAAAAGUGGUUAAGCAUUCCAGGUCACAGCAUUCACAAGCUGUUCCUCAAACAUAUCACUGAAGUGGCAAAGGGAAUACAUCAGAGUUACCCCACCCUUAACCUGAUAAUAUGGGAUGAUAUGCUCAGAACCAUGACCUCUGACACAAUCAAAGAAAGUGGUCUAGUUGGAUUAGUACAACCCAUGCUGUGGGACUACAGUCCUGUAAUGGAUGUGGCCAGCAAUAUUUCACUAAUGGAGAAAUACAAAUCUGCUGGUUUAUCACAACAGUGGAUUGCAAGUUCUUUCAAAGGUUCAACCACAGUGUACACAUGUGUUACCAGCACCCAAAGGCAUGUGGACAAUCACAUUCAGUGGUUAAAAGUGAUUUCUGGUCUCUCGCCUGGUAUUGAGCUACAGGGUAUUGCACUCACUGGAUGGCAGAGAUACGAUCAUCUGUCUGUUCUGUGUGAAUUGAUGCCCCUCGGCUUGCACUCUCUUGCCUCAUGUCUGCAGACACUUCAGUAUGGAAGCUUUACUCCGGAAGCACAAAGCAAGGUGAUGGAGGUGCUGUGUAGUGCCACAACAGAAGUAGAAGACACAACAAGGUUGUCUCAGGGUUCCUCUGGAUCCUAUCCUGGAAUGAAGCUAUCUGAAAUAAUUGUAAAUUUAACAGCGAUGCUGGAAUCUGAAGAAUUCAGACACUUUGAAAGUAAUAUGUAUGUCAGAGGCUGGUUGUCUCCUUAUCAACGACAGAACAAAAUUAUGAAUCCACUAAUUGCACCACAAAUUCAGCUACAACUAAAAAUGUUUGUAGAAGCAGUAGAGUUUAAAGUGCAGGAGUUGAGGGCAGAGAUGGUACUGCUUUAUCCAGACACAACCGUAGAGGAAUGGAUUGCUGAGCAUGUCACUCUAGUACUGAAGCCACUGCAAGAUUUACUGAAGGACAUUCACACUGCCAUGCAGGAUAUGGGAGUUUAAACCAGAGACUAUACAACACAAAUCAGGCACUGCAUUUUGGGUAAUAAUUCCCAAUAAUUGUUUACUGAUAAUGUCCAGUAGAAUGUCUAUGUGAAUAGAAUUAUUAAAUAUAUGUAAUGCAUAACAAAAGGGUUUUACAUGUCCAAAUGUUUGCAAUUUUUGCUAAUAAGGUUAUGUUGGUUGAAUUCAGGAUAAUUGAUUUUGUUAGUAGAAAGACACUGGUUAUGUUAAUUAAACGUUUUUAUGUAUUGAAUACAAUGUGACCAUUUUUAAAAUUGUAAUGAUGCUGGGUCAUCACUUUUUUCUGUUAGAGAUUUUUUUUCUCUUUUUUUCCCUCUUUCUUUCCUCCAAUUUUCUCCACCAAUCUUGUCGUAUUCAAUUAUUCUGAUUGCGUUACGCUUCACCUUUAACGAUACAACCCUCCACUGCUGACUGAGGAGCUUUGCAACAGCCAUACACGUGUGCAGUACCGACUGCAUCUUUUCACCUGCACGAGGCAAGUUCAUAUGCCCUGAGCCUUGAGCAUGGAGAUCACAACUGCCACAACCGAUCAGCAUUAUUCCUCAACUCUGCGCAGACGACGUAAAGGAACCCCACCCUGUGAACAACAGCCAAUCUCAGCGUGCUGGAUGGCAGAGCUGAGAAUCAGUACGAUGUGUUCGAAAUCCCAGCUCUGGUGUGCUAGCCUAUUUUGCCACCUGAGCAGCAGAGAUUUUUAUUUGAACAAAAUAUUUACAAGUUCCAGACAUUUGAUCAUAAUAAGAAGAGUGUGGCUGUUAAAAUCCUGUUUUUAUACUGAAUUCUGUUUGGUCAAUAUAUUAAAAAUUUUUUACAAACUAAAUGGCUACAUCCCAUACCAAAGCCCCCUGUUUGGAGUACGUCUAUGGGAAUUUGCACCUAUUUAGUAAAAAAAAAAAAAAAAAAAAAAAAAAAAAAAAAAAAAAAAAAAAAAAAAAAGCAGCACUUUUUACAUUACCAACUGGGGCGGCACGGUGGCUCGGUGUGUAGAACUGUCGGCUCACAGCAAGAAGGUCCUGGGUUCGAUCCCCAGGUGGGGCGGUCCGGGUCCUUUCUGUGUGGAGUUUGCAUGUUCUCCCCGUGUCUUCGUGGGUUUCCUCCGGGUGCUCCGGUUUCCUCCCACAGUCCAAAGACAUGCAAGUGAGGUGAAUUGGAGAUACAAAAUUGUCCAUGACUGUGUUCGAUAUAAGCUUGUAAACUGAUGAAUCUUGUGUAAUGAGUAAUAACCAUUCCUGUCAUGAAUGUAAUCAAAGUGUAAAACAUCUUCAAAGUAUUCAAAUCCUAAUAAACAAACAAACAAACAUUA